CACAGCUCAUCUCUACGCCCGACCAUAGACAGCGUGUUUUGACAAAGUUUUGAUCGUGAUAAAAAUGACGAGCUCUACAGUCGUUUAAAAAAUAAAUAAUUAAGUGUUUUACAAAUAUGACUGUGUGGCAAGAACUCGAAAAUGAAAACUGCUAUGCCGUCGCGCUGUACAAUUUCAAUUCACCAUCAACUGUCCACCUGCCGCUGGAGGUGGGCGAGCUGGUUCACUUGACGAGGGAAACGAAAGACUGGUACUGGGGCAUCAGUCUCAGGAGAAACAAGAGUGGAGCCUUCCCCAAGAAAUAUGUCGUCAUAAGAGACUGUGUCGUUGACAGAUGUGGAGAGACAGUGGUAGCUUCAGCUGGUGGCAGCGGGGUUGUCCACGACAUAGCGGUCACGUUACGCGAAUGGCUGCAACAUUGGAAGGUUUUAUAUACGACAAAUGACGAGCGUUUCAAAUUCAUGGAAGUUAGCAUGAGGGCUCUUUUGGAGUUAAGAGCUCAGGCCGCGUCCGGAGCCCUGCCUGUAGAUCAGCUCCGAAGAGUCGCGAGGACGGCUGUCUUCACCAUCGACAAGGGGAAUAGGACUUUAGGAAUGGAGUUGGCGGUCAGAACGAUCAGCGGCCAGCUGGUGGAUCCGUUAACGACGUCUACCUUCAAACUGAACGCCUUACACGAGGAGGCCAACUCCAGGAUAGAUAAGAACAUGGAAACGACCCCGACGAGUCGUCCUUCUAGUCAAAUAACCGCCGCCCGCUCCUAUACUAUAGUGGCUCACGUGAAUAAUUUCGUGUGCCGUUUGAGAGACGCCGCCGAGUUAUCUCUAGCGCUCCACGACGGCGCCGGCAAUAAACUGACGGAAAACGUGCUCCUGAAGUGGCCGCCGGGGCAUCUGGCAGCACAGGAACUGUUCACCGCGCCUUACGUGGUGUUCACGGAUCUGGGCAGCGACAUAAAGAAAGAGCGUCUCUUCCUGGUAUGCCACGUGGUCAGGAUCGGGUCCAUGGAGCCGCAGAACGUUGAUCACAGGUAUUCUAUAUUAAGACGCAGUUCGAUAUCUCCGUCGGUGUCCGGGAGCGGCAUGCGGCGGCCGUGCGGAGUCGCGUGCGCGGACAUCACACAGCACCUCGCCAACGACCACUCCGACAAGGAGAUCCAGCUGCCGUUUUACGCAUGUGAGAAGGAGAACAUGGAUUCUCUUCUCAAGAAAGUUAUUGGGAACCUGAAGGAUCAGAAGCACUCUCAAGGACUGUGGGUGUUCCUACAGAUGGUGGAGGGAGAUCUACAACAGGUCCGUCGCGAGAAACCUCACAUGGUGGUAGGCAACACGGUGUUCGCUAGGAAGAUGGGCUUCCCUGAAGUGAUCCUGCCAGGGGACGCCCGCAACGACCUGUACGUGACUCUGUGUGGCGGGUCAUUCUCUAAGGGGGGCAAGUCCAGCGAGAGGAACAUAGAACUGGUGGCCAGAGUCGUGGAUAAGAACGGAAAAACGCUACCGGGUGUAAUAUCAGUGGGCGCGGGCUCUCCGCUGGUGGACGAGUACACCUCCGUGGUCUACUACCACGAGGACCGACCCCGCUGGCAGGAAGUGUUCAAGGUGUGUCUGAACAUAGAAGAGUUCAAAGAGGCUCAUAUGGUGUUCCUGUGCCGUCACCGCAGCUCCAACGAGGCGAAGGACCGCGCCGAGAAGCACUUCGCCCUCGCCUUCCUCAGGCUCAUGCAAAAAGAGGGAACCACCAUCCCCGACACCACGCACAACCUGGCCGUGUACAAGAUAGAACAUAAGAGGACAUGUUCCUCCUCGGAGCUGGAUACGGAGGCGUCGUCAGUGUGCCUCGGGCUGCCGUCCAGGCGGGACGAGCUGCCCGCGGGCUGCGAGCGAGGCCUCACCCGGGGCCCGCUCUCACUCUUACACAGAGACACGCUCUCUGUAACCACCAAGCUCUGCUCCACUAAACUCACACAGAGAGAGGAGAUCCUGGGCGUGCUGAAGUGGAGCAAUCAUCAGACAGACGGUUCGUUGAAGAGUUCUCUCACCAGUCUACUCCGAGUGCCAAACGACGAGCUCGUCAAGUUCCUGCAAGAUAUACUGGAUGCAUUAUUCAGUAUACUAACACAGGUGGAGGAAGACGAUGAUUACACCGAAGACAGCUACUCGGUGCUGGUGCUGGACUGUCUCCUGCAGGUCAUAUCCCUGGUAGCGGAUCACAAGUACCAGCACUUCCUGCCAGUACUGCAGGUGUACAUCGACACCAGCUUCUGUGACACACUGGCUUAUGAGCGGCUGAUAUCCAUCAUGGUGUGGGCGAUUCGUUCCGCGGAGCGAGGCGAGGGCGCGUCCAAACGACUGCUGCAGUGUAUGAAGUGUUUGGAGAGCCUGGCGCGAGUGCUGGUGAGGUCUCGGCAGCUCAGGGCGGCGUUGGCCGGCGCUUCACCUGGACACUGCACACAGCUACAGACUCUGCUGGAGGCGCUCGUUGGCCUCAUGAGAUGCGGGGACUCCGCCCUCACGUGUCAGGGCUCCGCGCUGAAGUACCUACCGCACGCCAUACCUCACAUGAUCAAAAUAUACGACGACACGCAACUCUGCGAAUAUCUAGUCUGGGCAUUGGAGGCCCUCCCUCUGUCGCGUCUCUCGAACCAACGUCUUCACGCCCUGCUGGAGUUAGUUAGGGGCCCCCUGGGGGCCUCGGCGGGCCCCCGGGCCAAAUUACUACCACACUUAGCCAGCACCCUGAGGGCCCUAUUGAGGAAUCCUGCUGAUUUGGACACGCCGCACAAGUUACGAUCAGCGGACAAGGCCGCCAGGUUGCUGGGAGCCGACACCGCCAGCCUCCUAGAUCACACGCAGCAGAUGCAGAUCGUGGAGUUGUGUGUGGAAACUUUAGGCGAAGUAGUUUCUCUUCUCGCGAGAGAUGAUGUCGGUCCAGUGGCUGCGGAUAGAGGAGAACUAGCGAGGUCUUUGUUACCGACGGUGUUGAGGAUAGCGAACAACAUCAUGAAGGACAGGAAUAAGGAAGAUGGAACACCUCAUGAUGAUCUACUUCCGCGUAAGCUAAUAUGCGUGCUGCUAGACAUGAUGCGUCAGAUGUCUUUAGAGCAGUACACGCUGGUGGUGCGUUCGUUGGGCGGGGGCAGAGCCCUGGCCGCGGAUGCUCUGUCGUUCACCGGAGCCCUACUCGCACGACCCGUGUUCAAACAGCACUGGGCUGACAUGCUGCAUCUACAGCACUACGUUAUGCUGCACACUUUGAGAUUAUUAGCGACGUCGCUGCGGGAGGAUCUCAACGAGGAGAAUUCAGACCAAUCGCACGUGCACUCCACGUUACAAGACUGGUUCGUUACAUUGAGCGCCUUGGCGUGCUCCAAGCCGUUGCAGCUGGAAACAUUACCGGCGGCGAGGAGGCAGAGAGCCGUCAUACUUUACGGGGACAUCAGGAGAAGCGCCGCGAGCUUGAUGGCCGACAUUUGGUUCAGUCUCGAGGAACACAAGAGAUUCUUCAUCCCGUCCCUGGUGAAGCCUUUCCUCGAAGUGAGCUUCCUGAGAGACGAUGAAGUCAGGAACACUACGAUACCCUUGUUCUAUGAUAUGAUGAAGACCGAGUUCAAGUACACCGCUGACACCGAAGGUGAAGGGAAUCUACUUCGCCUGGAGAACGAGCUGAUCGACAAGCUGGACGUUCUGGCGGAGUCCGGCCUGGGAGACGCGGCGUGGCGGGCGAAGUUCGUGUCCAUGUGCGGGGCGGCGUGCGUGGCGGGCGACGGCGGCGAGCUGAGCGGGGCGGGCGGCGCCCUGGUGGCCGCGGCCGCCCGACAGCUGGACGCCUUGCUACAGUACAGAGCGGCGCCCACACACCACAGGAUGUACCUCGUCACGAGCGUACUGAGGUUCUACGAACAGAUCAAACGACCUCACAUGUACAUACGCUACGUUCAUCGCCUGGUGUCUAUGCACCGCUCGUCUCAACACUGGGCGGAGGCCGGUCUAACGUUGCAACUACACGCCAAACUGUUGGACUGGAGCGAGACUCCCCUCCCUCCCCGCCUCCGACACCCCGCCUGUGACGACUAUCACACACACCUGGAUCUGAAGAUAGCGUUAUACCAGGAGGUGGCGAGUCUGUUGGAGAUGGGUCACCAGUGGGAGUUGGCGGUGGAGGUCAUCAAGGAGCUGGUGUGCGUGUACGAGGACCGCGGCCAGGGGUACGCCGCCCUGGGCGCGCUGCAUGACCAGCUAGCCAGGCUGUAUCGAGCGCCCCUGGAGCACACGCGUCUACAACCCGCUUACUUCCGGGUGCGCUACCUGGGGAGGGGAUUCCCCGAACAUUUGAGACAUCCCAAGGGGUUCGUGUACCGCGGCAACUCGUGCGACAUGCUGCAUAACUUCAAGGAGCGGAUGUUGGACGAGUGGCCGGAAGCGGAUGUGCUGCUCAAACUGGACGAGCCCGGUGCUGACGUCACAGACUCGGACGGACAGUUCCUACAAAUCAACGCCGUGACGCCGGUGAUGGCGGACAAGUGGAAGAAGUUCCUGAGCCGCGCGGUGGACCACCAGGUCGUUAACUACUACGAGCACAACAACGUUAACACGUUCGUGUACUCCCGGCCCUUCCAUAGGAACGAUGACUGUAUCAUCGACCCCCGCGACGACCGCACCGGCGCCGGAGAGUUCGCUACCAGGUGGCUGGAGAGGACGGAGCUCACCACAGCACACGACCUGCCCGGUAUCCUCCGCUGGUUUCCCAUCGUAUCGACCAGGACUUACUGGGUGUGUCCCCUGGAGGUGGCCGUCGAGACGAUGACUCACACCAAUAAAGAGCUCAAAGGGCUCAUCCACUCCACUCUCUCCCCGUCCGCUCCCCUGCACCCUCUCACUAUGAGGCUUCAGGGCAUACUAGAUUCGGCGGUCCAGGGAGGGUUAGCGCAGUACGAGAAGGCAUUCCUCGCCCCCGCCUACCUCGAGAGGAGACCGGAGCACAGAGAACUGCUCGGAAAACUGAAAGAUCUCAUCGCGCAACAGAUACCGCUACUCAAAUAUGGUCUGGAGGUGCACGCGUCCCGGGAACCCAUACGAGACCUUCACGCGAGACUUAUUAAUUGUUUCCGAGAAAAAUAUGGAAGACAGGUGUACGAGGGUGAUUCUGACCCUCCAGAGGUCCAGCUCAGACCUUCUGCGAGACGAGACAACGACAACAGACUCUCAGACCUCUCCGCGGGCAACGAGACGACACCGAAAUCUAAAUUCUCCUUCAACUCGGCGAUCAGUUGGACCAGAAACAGCAGCACUGCGACCCUCACUCCUCGACACGGGAAACGAGUUAAAAACAGAAAGAGUGAAGUAAGUCUGCAGUCGAGCACUAGUCAAUGGUACGCGCCCACGAACGGUAACGUGAGCGCCAUCAACAACGCCAUCAACAGCGCGUUCAACAGCGCGCUCAUCAACAGUAACAACAGUAUCAACGGGAACUCGCACGGAGAGUCCUCGCCGCUUAGAGAAUUGAGGCAGGAGGUUGAUGUAACUUUCCAGUUAGUGUCGGAGCGGCCGCCGCGGGCCGAGGAACGCGAGCGGAGGCUGUCGCAGCGGACGAGCUAUAUUACUAUCAGUGAGCCGCACUCCAACAGAGAUUCCAUGGGAACGACGGACUCCAACCAGGAGGAGGAGGAGCCGCCGCCUCUACCGCAGAAACAGUCCCGCAGUAUGGAACACGACGAGGAAACGACCGUCAGGCACAACUAUGACCUGGUGCUGGCGCCCAGGACCUCCUACCUGUACUCCUCCAAGAGAGACAGGGCGCCCACACCGCCGCCCAAGAAGAGGAACCAACAGCUGUAGACGGAGACGGAGAUGGAGCAGUACGUGUAGGAGCGAUAGGGAUGGAACGAGAGCAUGUGCGACAGGGACGGAGAUAUCGCAGUAUGUGCGAGAGUGAUAGAGAUGGAAUAACAGUGUUUGUGAGAGGGACGUAGACAUAACAGUACGUGCAGGAGUGACAGAGACGGAAUGUAUACGAGAUUUAUACGGAUAUUAUGAUGUGAGAGAUAGAGUGAGUCGAUUAUAUAGGUGAAUGCGAGGAGAUAAUGUUUGUUGAGACAUUUUAUAUUAUGUACAAAGUUUGUUCCAUGAAACUGUAGAAUACGCUGGCUUUAUAAAGGAAAGUAGUAUGACCAGUUCUCAUUAUAACGAUGCAAGUCAGGCAUGAAACGAUCAGAGAUACGUAUAUCGUUCUACGUUUGAUAUAUUUAUUUGGAAUGACGUCAUCUUGAGUUAUCUCCGUGUUACUGAAGUAACUUAAUAUAUCCAUUUAGUUAUCAUUAUAAAUAACUCUUGAGUAAUUUUUAUACAUUUAUGUAUAUUACAAAAUAAAUAUAUAUAUUAUAUCAUUUUAAUAUUAAGCCAAAAAUGUUUCUUCCACCGAAAUUCUUCCAAAAAGAAAAGAUAAAAAUAUAUUUUGUACGCCAUCUUCCAAAGUAUAGUGUCAUAUAUACAAUUAACAUAUAAUUAUUUAUAAUCUCAGUGCCAUGAUAUACAGAAUUGAUCAAACCGUUAUUGAUAUUCUAUAGUCUAUACAUUAUGUGACUCGGGUCGUCUAACGUUACCUGUACAAACAGUGCCUCCAUAGAGUGACUUCAUAUUAAUUCAUAUAUAAACGAAUGUAAACCUUAUUGUAGUUUAGUUAAGGUUGAUUUUUCCAUGAUAUUCGCUUGAAAUUGCUUUAAUACUCAACUUUCAACAAACCGACUGAAACAAACGACGUAAGCUCGAUAGAGUUUAAACAUAACUAUAAAUAUUAGUUAUAUUAUUAUUAUUUGUAUAUAAAUUAUUGUAAUUGUUAUUUCUAAUAAACAAGUUACUGAAA